AUGUCUAAGCCGGGCCAAUUCCGCGCAGAUCUUCCUGAGCUUGCGCGCCUUCUGCUCAAAGAUGGACCACAAAGAACAAGACCGACUGCCCGCCGUGUUCGGGUCAUACUGAAUCAAACGUUCAUCGUCGAUACGACGAAGGCUAUGCAUGUCUGGGAGCACAUUGCCUACCCGCAGUACUACGUGCCUACCACAGCCCUGAAGAACUGCAAAAUCAAAGACAAGAAAACAAUCAACGCGACCGACGACGCUUCAUCGCCUGCUGCUGCUGUGGUAGAACUCACCAUUCCUGCUCACGAUGGCGUUGGCGAGUUCACCACAGAUCGCGCGUUGCGGUUCUCCGACGACGAAAAGUUGAGCGGAGCAUUGAAGGGUAUGAUCCGACUUGAAUUCGGAAGCAUGGACCAAUGGCUCGAGGAAGAGGUCCCCAUCUACGUCCACCCGAAAGACCCCUUCAAGCGCAUUGAUAUCCUUCCGUCUAAGAGAUCAGUUGAAGUGCAAGUUGCCGGUAAGACGGUGGCCAAGUCAGAUUACGCGGUCCACUUGUUAGAGACGUACUUGCCGACGAGGUAUUACUUGCCGCUUGCUUCAGUCGACCAGCUCGUUCUCCGGAAAAGUGACCUUAUAACCAGUUGUCCCUACAAAGGGGAUGCGGAGUAUUACCAUGUCGUCAUUGAUGGUGAGGAGCACAAGAACCUGGUCUGGUAUUACAGGACAACCACACAUGAGAGCGCAGGAAUAGCCGGGCUUUUGUCCUUCUACAACGAGAAGGUGGAUAUCAUUCUUGAUGGGGAGUUGCUCGAGAGACCCGAGACGUUCUUCUCAUAG